CCGCCGGGACACCGGUUUUCACCUCAAUAAAUAUAUUGAAGUCUCAACCAUCGCUUAGUUCUUGUUUUUGUCCUCUUCUGAUUAUCUCUUCCUCAUUAGAAACAGUAACGGAAAUCGGAGAGGAAAAACAUCAGGAAUUUAGUGGAAACGCCUGGGUUCCUCCUUGGUUCUCCAUCAACAACAGUUGCUGAGUCAGAUUUUUUUGGGGGUAAGAUUUUGGUCCUGAUGCAAGGUCGAGGAGGUGCCAUUAAUUCCUUCGUGGACACAGUCAACGUUGAUCAGGGAUCUGCUCCCAAUAAUACUAGAAUGGUUCAGCAUAACUCUUUGAAUAACAUGUUGAGUCCAGUUGAAACCAGGCUGUCCAAUUAUGCAGUAACUUCUGGUGGGGCAAUGCAAACCAAUGUAUUUACUGAUGAAGUUCAGAGUUUUGGUGGCUGGAGUUCUGGUGAGUCUAGCUCCAGAUUAAGCCUGGAAAACCCAGUUAAUGACGGCGAAAUAAAAAUGGAGUGUGGUUGGUCUCCUCCUCCAUUUUAUGGUGUCCAUUCUGGGGCUGGUCCAAGGUCAGAAGGGAGGCAAAUUCAACCAACAAACAUUCUUUUUCCUGAGAGAGUUAAUAAUGGACAAAUUGGCAAUUGGGUUAGAAAUGGAUCCAUGUAUUUUCAAGGUUCCAGCUCCAAUCAUAUUCCACUGAAUUUGAAUCUAAACGAAGGAUAUACUGGCAGUAGUGCUAGCAAUCAGCCAGGUGUGGCAGCCAGCAUAGGUCCUAAUCUCCAUAACUCAGCUGGUCUAGAAAGAGAACGGACAUCUAAUGCUUUUGACAAUGUUGGGAGUUCAUUUGGCAGCUCAAAUUACAUGGUGGAGGAAAAUAGUAGUGGCUCUGCUUUGGGCAGUUGGGGUUUAUCUUGCAAAAGAAAAGCCCUUGAAGGUACAUCAGGACAGGCUUAUUCUGAUGGUAGUUCAAGCUGCUCCCAGCAAGUUGAAAAUGGUGUAUGGCAUGCAGGUCCUGCUCGCAAUGAUACUUCUAGCAGCAUGAGUUUAUCUACACAUUCUCAAGUUAUUCCUCCAGAUCAGCUGAACCUGAGAGUUGGUUUUGGUUCAAGAGAAGUAACCACUGCUGCUUUUCCUUCUUCAAGUGUUAGAAGAACAAAUCCAGGAAAUCAACAAGAAUCUUAUCCACUUAGUCUAUCUUCAGCGGCAGUCUCUAGGCACUCCACUUUUACCUCAGCCAAUCAGUCACCUAGACCUGCCCCAUAUAAUGGCUCUUUAGAUUUAAGAUCCACAGCUACAGUUGGGGCAAAUUCAAGUCCUCCUCAGAAUCAGCCUUGUGCAAUGCAUAUUUCUGCUGGCAAUUUGCCUCCAUUUUGGGCUGGUGCUUUUAGUUCACCAGCUGGCAAUCUAUCUAUUAAUGCUCGGGAUAGAGGUGCUGGCUUACAGGAGGAAGCAAACAUACGAAAUGUCCCAAGAAACAAUGCAGAAAAUCCCAUGUUGAUAACUGAAAGUGAGACAAGAAAUAUGGCACAAGAUCCAACGGGCUGGACUCUGGCCUCUGGUACUGUUACCACAUCUGAAGGUGUUCCAUCUUCUACUCGAACUGGAGCUGGUUCAAGCAUCCAUCCUCCCCAUACUCCCUGGGUUUCCCUUCACAUCCCUUCAGUGCAUAGUCAACAAAGACUAUCAGAAUUUUCUCCUUGGUCUUUAUUUCCAUCUAUUGACUCUGAAGCUGCUGUACAUAGUGGUAAUUUUCCCCAGCAGCCUGUAGGCCCUUCUUUAUCCUCACAAGAGAUGGUAGGGUCUGGAUCUAGUAGCCAAGGUAAUAUUCCACCAUAUUCAAGGUCAGCAUCCUUGUGGGAAAGGCAAGGAGAUGAAAUUCUCGGGAUGCCACAUUCUCUGCGAGCUUUAGCUGUGGACAUUGAAGGAAGGCACCAGCUAGUAUCAGAGAUUCGUCAAGUCUUGAAUGCCAUGCGCAGGGGGGAGAACCUACGUAUUGAGGAUUAUAUGCUGUUUGACCAGUUCCUCUACCAUGGUGUGGCUGAAAUGCCCGACAGGCACAGAGAUAUGCGCCUUGAUGUGGAUAACAUGUCUUAUGAGGAAUUGUUGGCAUUGGAAGAACGAAUAGGGGAUGUGAGCACUGGACUGAGUGAGGAAACCAUCUUGGAGCUGAUGAAGCAGCAAAAGUAUUUGUCGAUUGCGUUGCAAUCCUCACAAGAUAUGGAGCCAUGCUGUAUUUGUCAGGAGGAAUAUGUGGGUGGAGAUGAUCUCGGGACAUUAGAUUGCGGCCACGAAUUUCACGUCAACUGCAUCAAGCAAUGGCUAAUGCAGAAAAAUCUCUGCCCCAUCUGCAAGACAACAGCCUUGUUUAAAUGAGCAAAGCUAAAUUGUUAAGAGGCAGAAAUUUUAUUUUUCUAUUGUCAUGGAUCAUCGUUAGAACCGAUAAAAGGGCUUGGGUUGAUCAUAAUAUCGUAUUUGAAACAGUUUUAAUUUAUCAUAAACCGCAUAACAACUUUUAUGUAGACAGGGAUUCUGUCAAUGUAAUGGAACUGCUGCAUGAGCAACAAAAAGAUUGGCGCUUCGAAGCGAAACGGCAAUCAUAAAUGUACUUUUAAAUAAUAUUCAUGACGAUAU